GAUGGUUCCCCGACCUGAUACUCUACCUCAGCUGGAUAUGUAUGUCCUUGAUGCCGUCCGCCAUUCACUGCGCAGCUCGACGCUGACCCUCAAGACACUUCCUUUCCUUUCGGAGAAAUCUCAAAACGCUUAUAUCGAAUGCUCUCUCUCUGCUAAAGACGCCAAGGAGGCGGGUGGCGACGAUUUCUUGACCAUGUAUCUUCAUAUGCUACUCCUUGAGAUGCUUCCCGGAGACACUUCUCUCAAUGCGCGAGACGUAAUUGCUACUAUCCACUUUGAUUCUGAUCCUUAUUCAUUGAACGUUCUCAGAUGAUUGUAGGGAUACUCCGUCACGACGAUACCCUGAGCCUUGUCUUCAGCCAUCUGAUGAAGUCCUACGAGUCAGCGUCCUCGAUUAUCAGCGAGUCUCUGCCAUUGACCGGAGAUUCGUUUGGCAAGGCUUUGAAACGUAUGGUUGCUCAGUGUUCUCUGGACGGCGAGAAGGACGGUGAAUGUCGUAUCGAACAUAUGAAGAAAUGGAUCGAACGUGUCUUUCUACUUCCGGCCAUGGAAGCAAUUGCAGCCUACAACCGUUACGAAUGCCUCAAAAGAAUUUUCCAGAAAGAAUAUGGCGUCAAAUAUGACUCUUCUGUCCACCCUUCUCUCCCAAAACGACCUCUUCCACUCGCGUUAACCAGAAGUGCCAAGCCCAGCCCGCGCGACACGAUGGCGUUUUCUCAGAAUUUCGCCAAAAAGGAGGUUCGUGGACAUGAGAUAGAUGCUCUUCGAGCUUCCCCAGUGGCAAAGACGCCUAACAAGCGACAUCUUUCUAACAUCGCUAAUGAUUCGCGUACCUCGAACAAGCGUCCUCGUAAAAAGCAAUCGUCGUUCCUGAGAUGGAGAGGCGACAUGAAGGAAAACAUACCGCCUACGAUGUCGCAUCGCUCACUUCCCUCACAGAUGCAAGGUUCUUGCACCACUUCAGCCACUACUUCUGGACGGGGCUUCACCCGGCGAGGCGGAUAUUCACCCUCGCCAGUGUUUCCAUUACCAGACACAGAUGUCAAGCCGAUAAUCAAAGCAAACGGGCGACUUUUACUGCCCCGAAGUGCGAAUGUUCUCUCUCUUUGACCUGACAUUGAACGCACCCCAGUUGCGCAUACAUACGCAUACUUUUUACUACUACCAUUACUACUACUAUAUUACUACUACUACUUUUAUUUAUUUUACCUUUGUUUUGUCAUUUGUGCAAUUCUUGAUCAUUCCUCGAAACCGCGUACGCACCAUCAUACAAUUUAUUUAGUGAAGAAUCC